AGGACCUAUGUUUUGAUCAGUCGUGGGCCAUUUUGCAUGGGUUUAAUCAACAAUAUUCACAUAAGAACUCAUUCGAGACAUACUGGCAUCCUCGUCAGGUUCAGAAGACGGUGGAGUUUCGCCCCCACCGCGGAAAAAGCAGCGAUUUUCUGCCACUAACAUGCAGGCUAAUGGCUGCCCCCAGCACAAUGGAGCGACUGAGAUAGCAACAACUUCCCAGCAAAAUGGAACGUGUUCCUCUCUCACAAACGGGGAAUUAGAUAAACCUGUACCUCCCAAAUCAAUGUCACAAACUGACCAAGAUAUCGUCCGAUUGAUUGUACAGCAUUUGAGAGGACUUGGUUUAAAUCAAACUGCUGAACAACUUAUUUCUGAAUCGGGAUGUAUGUUGGAGCAUCCGGCUGCUGCCAAACUUCGUUCACAUGUAAUGAAUGGAGAAUGGGCGAAGGCAGAACUAAACCUGGAAGAACUCAAAACUCUGAUUGAUAGUCCACAAGGGAUUUCUAAAAUGAAGUUCCUUUUACUUGAACAAAAGUAUCUGGAGCUGUUGGAAGAUGGAAGGGAGAUGGAUGCUUUACAUUGUCUACGGCAUGAGCUUACUCCACUUAAAUUCAACACAGAAAGGGUCCACGUAUUGUCAGGGUACAUGAUGUGUUGUAACCCUGAAGAUUUACGAGAAACAGCGGAGUGGCAAGGGAGAGGUACAGAGUCGCGGACCAAACUUGUGGAAAAGCUUCAGUCUUUCUUGCCACCAACUGUUAUGCUUCCUCCUCGUCGGUUGCUAACAUUACUUAAUCAAGCUGUUGAGAUGCAGAAGGACAAAUGUCCAUAUCACAACACAAAAUUUGACAGCAACCUUGAUGCUGUCUCCCUUCUCAUAGACCAUGUCUGUAGCAGAGAGCAGUUCCCGUCCACCACCAUCCAGAUUCUUAAUGAACACUGUGAUGAAGUUUGGUUCUGCCGCUUUUCUCCUGAUGGUACAAAGCUUGCUACAGGAUCUAAAGAUGGCUCACUAAUCAUCUGGGAACUUGACAUGGCAACCUAUGAGUUGACACGGGUUAAGAGCCUAGAUAGUCAUUCCUAUGGAGUGUCAUAUAUUGCCUGGAGUCCUGAUGGCACACACAUUAUAGCAUGUGGUCCAGAUGACUGUUCUGAUCUCUGGCUGUGGAAUGCAGAGACUGGGGACUUGAGAGUAAAAAUGAGCCAGUCUCCAGAGGAUAGUUUAACUACAGCUGCCUGGCAACCAGAUGGCAAAAAGUUUGUUACUGGAGGAACCAGGGGACAGUUCUAUCAAUGUGACCUUGACGGGAACAUGUUGGACUCCUGGGAGGGUGUGAGGGUCCAGUGUAUGGCUUGUCAAAAUGAUGGCAAGAGUGUCCUGGCAGCUGACACCCACCACAGAAUACGAGGCUACAAUUUUGAUGAAUUAACAGACUACAACAUAAUUCAGGAGGAUCAUCCCGUCAUGUCUUUCACACUAAAUGAAACCGGGAGAUUAGCAUUAUUGAAUGUUGCGACUCAGGGAGUACAUUUAUGGGAUUUAAAAGAUAGGUGCUUAGUUAGAAAAUUUCAAGGCGUUACACAAGGAUUUUACACAAUACACUCAUGCUUUGGAGGUCUCAACCAGGACUUUAUUGCCAGUGGAAGUGAAGAUCAUAAAGUAUAUAUAUGGCAUUUACGAAGAGAAGUACCUAUAGCAGUGUUAGAAGGUCAUACAAGAACUGUUAAUUGUGUUCAUUGGAACCCCAAAGUGCCUGGGAUCAUAGCGAGUGCUUCAGAUGAUGGCACUGUUCGAAUUUGGGGACCUAUCGAUAAAGUCAAAAUAGGUAAUGGAGCAGAGUCAGGACGAAGUACACCUGUAUAGCGAAAGGCCAAGUGUUUGACACUGACUAUAGAUCUCUCACAGUCUGGUCUGACUGCCAGCUCUGAUCAUUAACACAUCUCCACCAGACAUCUUUCCAUCAACAAUAUCAUUCAUGAGUGAUAGUAAAAAGCAUAUCACAGGAUAGUGAUAAUUGCUGGAUGCAUGUAAAGGAUAUAUCUUCAAAAAGAAAUCAGAAUUCCUUAAUGUAUCAAUAUAUCCAUCCAUACCAACCUUGUCCAUGUUUUCACGUACUCAUUGUGCCACAAGAGGUGGCAAUAACACAACCUUCAUACCAAAGGUAGUGUAUAACCUACCAUGUGAUACAACACAAGACUGUCUUUCUCCUGUCAAAUACUUUCCUACAGGUAUCAACACACUUCAAAUAUUGAUUAUUGUAAGAGACAUUAUGUGGUGUUCAGUCAAAUAUGUUUUAUAACAAUGAUCAAAAUAUGUAUGGAUGCCAAAUGUGUCACAAUAGCAUGUCUGUAAUUUUUAAGUUACAUCUAAACUAGGCAUCAGUAUGGUAUUCAGUCCUUAUUUUCAUUGCAACAUUUCGCCAUAUAGCUGUGAAGAUGUAAGAACUAAACUUUGUGUCUUAAUAUCAAACAAGAAAAUGAAUUGUGUAGAUUUUAAAGUAAAUGAAAUGCACAAAGAUGCUCCUAGCUGCAUACUGAAAGUUUUCAAAGUUGAGUUUUUAAUCUAAAUUAAAAAGACUUUAAGUCAAUGUUUUGAACUCCCACUACCUAAAGUGGUAUGAUGUUGUUUCGAGUACAUGCAUGUCUUAAGAUACUUCAUGUUCUUGUCCUUGGCUAUCAAUUUCUGCUAAUGGAUGUCUUCAAGUGUUUAUGUGUCAAUUCCAUCUGUCACUAUACAGCUGUGUUGUAAGUGCCCUGUUUCACAGCGCUAUAUCAAUGUAAUUUUGCUUAAAAUAGCUCUGUUGCGAUUUGCAAUUUGAAUGAUUAACAGGUAUGGAAAUGACGAGGGUUAGUCAAUAUAUACUCUAAGAUUUUACAGGGGACAACUUAACCUCAAAACUUCCAAACAGAGUUUUAUCUACCUGGUUCAUCUGUGAUAAUGUUGACCUGUCCAGAGAUUUAUUGUUCAUUGUUCAAAAAGCACCAUGAUAUUCCUAGUAUUGUUAUUGAUGAAAAUUCAGAGUUUUUUUAUAUACCUGAUUCCUACAUCCUGUCAGGAUGACUGACAUCAUUUCUUUUGGUACAUCAUCAAGUGUACAUUAAAAGUUUUGGCUUUAUAUGAAUUAGUACUUAAUUUCAAAGUUCUGAAUGGAUAAAUCUAAAGAGUGGUAUUUAAAAGUGAUUUGUGUGUGUUUGCCAGUCAAAUUGCCAAGUACAUUUUGUAUGUUAAGGGACAAUAUAAAACCAUGACCAUUGAUUUCAUAGAAGUGGGUCAGUUGAUGUGAACCUACAAAUAAUAUGUAUAUAUAUAUAUAUACAUAUACAUAAACAGCAGUAAAGUGGUGUAGAAUUAUUCUCAUUUUAUAUUCCAAGAAUUAUGGUGUUUUGAGUGUUGUUUCAGUGAAACUGAGGAGACUUACAUUUGUUGUCCUAAAUAUUUUUAAGUCUUGAUAUUAUUGUGUUUGAACAUAGACAGAAUGUUGUUUGCACCUUCACCAUGCCACUUAAAAGUAUUAAUAUUUGAUUGUUCAACAACAAAUCUUUGUAACCAAGUUAAAUAACCUCUUUUUGUUGUAUAGCAAUUGCUAGAUUUACAGGUAUAUAAUUAUCUUUACAGUGCUAAUGCCUUUUCUUCUUCUUCUUCUCUGCCUCUCUCUCUCUCUCAAGUGAAUAAUCUUUCUCAACUGUUUUCUGUAACUAUCAACUCUGAAUGUUUAAAGGUUUUGUCUGAUUGUUUUCGGUAUGUGUAUUACAAAGUUUGAUUGAUGUAAUGAUAUUUGAAAAUACAGCAAAAUUCAUCACUACAGUUGAAGUGUUGUCCUGAAAAGUGAUGUUUCAUAGUACAAAAGUACUUGACGAGAAUGUAUGGUGCAGCUUGGAAGUCACAGGCUUUGAUAAAUGAAAGAAUACGAAAAAAAAGAAAGAUAAGUUAAUAUUGCCUUUUUUAUUUACAUGUUUUUUUCAUAUUUUUACAAUGUAUGUAAUAUAUAUAUAUAUAUCUAAGUUAAUUUGUGUGUAAGUUCCGACUGGAUGUUUGUUCAUAUUUAAAAGUAGCAUGUAGAGAAACAGUGUCACAGGUUGGUCUUGACUCAAUCCAUUUUUGAUAAUGGUAUACUUGCGCUGUCAAUACAUUUUCUCAAUACUGUCUUUAGAAUUCCAUUUGAUUGAAAAACUGAACAUAUUGCCAUUAGUGUUAUUAAUUUUUUUUGGUAGUAGAUGUAGUGAAUUUAUUUAAAAAAUUUAUGAUAAAACAAAUAAGUUGCUGGAAUUUCACCUGGUAAGAUUUGGUUUGUAUUUGAAUAUAAUAAGGUAGAUGUAGUAUUAUGUUUAAUUACAUUAUUGUAGAAUUUUAAAUAUUGCUUUAGUCUGGAAAAGUUUUUUUUCUGAAAUCAGAUGAAUCAAUUAUGGAAUCGGGUGAAACAAUACACCAUUUCACACAUACAGUGUAUCUGGAUAUUUCCAACUCUUAACUCUUGUACCUGACAGAGAAAAGGAAGACUAUUAUGGCUUGAGUGUUGUCCAACUUGUAGCAUCAUGUCCUGUUUAUUUAGAAUUCUGUUUGUUUUAUCUUUGAUUUUUAAUUGUCAUUUUAUCAUCUUUGCUUGAUUUACUAAACAAAUUGUUAUGGUGAGAGAGCCCAGUUAUUUGUUUUGUGUGGGAAUGGUCUGAUUUACCUGUGAUUAAUAAAUAAUGUGAAUAAUUAAUCAGUGAUGGCAUGUGUCAAACAGAAGUCACUUGUUUCUUGCUGUAUUAAAAUCAAUGAACUGCAUUCUAUGCAUAUUCAGAUAAGAUAUGACAAUACAUGAUAAAAAUUUCAAUUGGCUCUGUUCUGGAUCCUGAACAUUCUUUUUAAUUGUUGAAAAAAAAACCAUAACUCUGUGUGACUUGCAUCGUUAUAAAUUCUGUAUGGAUUUUACCUGCAUGUGGCAUGUGAUUUAGUGAAUUUGAAUAUGAAACUUGUGUAGAUAGAAUCUAUCAAGUUUGUGGGAUUUUGAAUCAGAGAGUUUUUGAGAUAAGCAAUACAUUGUAGAUGAUUCUGUCGCAUAUGAUGUGAUCAGAUAAAUAACAUUUUAUUGAAAUGUCAGUCAUUGUGGUGUUGCCUUAUAGAAUAACAUGUGACAUACUUUUGAUACAUUAUUACCUAGUGUAGAUUUCUUUGUUACUUGUGCAAGUCUUGAAGCUCGGUAAAGUGACUGUAGGCAACAUGAUGGUAGAAUUAGUAAUGUCCUCUGUAUCCUGUAGGCUGUAUAACUUACCUUCUUGUAGUGUCAAGUUUGUAGAUCUAGGACUGUUCAAGUCUGAAAUUACACUCCAUAACACAUCAUCGCUAUGCUAUUUUGUACCUUUUCAUCUGGCAAGAUCAUAGUAUGCAAUGUGAGGUUGUUUACCAAGACCAAUCUCGUUUGUAAGUUCCUGAAGGGAAGGAGGAUAGGUAAGCACUUUCAUCAUGUUGUGCAACUCAUAGUUCUAUUCAUAUCUAAUUACUUGUUCAUUUACAACUGCCAACUUUUGCAUGCAAAUACAUGUACCUUUGGUAUGGCAGUUUUAAUCGUGUCUGGUAUAGGUAUUGCACUAUGUGUAGAAUUAUGGCUGUUUGUAAACAUGCUUCAGUUAGUCUGGGAAGACCUACAAUUGCCAGAUUUUGUAUGCAAGAUCUUUUUAGGAUGCUGAAGUGUUGCAUGAAAAAAACGGGGUCACCAGUACCCCAGCAUUCAGGGUUAUGGUCCUUCCUUCUUUUUAAGAUAUUGAAGUUUGGCAGAAAGUGGGGUAAUACUGAUUACUAGUACAAACUUGCAAUAUGUUACUGUUAUAAUAAAAGUAGAUGAAAAGUGAUAAAACAAGAGGUCCUAGGACCUUAAUGGUCACCUGAAUCACAAUGCUUCUUGUAACAUGUCAAAGAAAUGAUUUUGUAAGAUAACAUUAACUACAUUGUACACAUAAUGCAAAUGUAAAUUAUGCAUAACAUUAACUGCUGUUUCAUGCAAAGGCUUCUAACCAAGUUUGAAUUCAAGGAAAUUACAUUCAAAAGUUGAAUUUAACUAUAUUAUGAAAUUUACAAUUUUGGUAAAGCAUAUGAAGGCCUUUCUUUCCAUGAAGAGUAUUUGAUUCUACCCUACCUAGGAUUUGAGAAGAAGAUUUUUGAUGUUUCAAUCAAUUUGACCCUUUUUGGCCUUGUCCCUCAGACCCACAGGGUUCAGGGAACACAUAAUUUGCAAUUUUGGUGUACCUAUAGACUAGGAAGGCUUUUUAAAAUUUCAUUGAGGAGUCUUCCAGAAGAAGUCGAAAAUAUUAAAAGCUUACGGUGCAUGACGCUGGACAAAGAGGAUCGCAUAUUUAUGACUUUGAUACUGUUAAUAUUUACUGGAGCAGUUUUAAUCCUGCUCUACUGGUUUUCUAAGAAAGCAUCCUAGAAAAGGUAGUGUGCACUGUUUGAGAUUCCAUAUAUUUUUAAUCAAAGAUGAGAAUAUCCCUGAAAUGUUCUCUUUUGACUAUGAAUUGAUCCAUUAACUACGAAGUAUAUAAGUAAAAAAAGUUGUACAGUGACAUAUUUGAAGUAAGUGAAAGGGAAUGUGUACAUUCAACUGUCUUCAUUCAUUCAUGAAUCAUUAAUUUGUUUUUAAAUCAAAAUCACUCAUUAUUAACAGAAUAUUCAUUUAAUUUAAAUUUAAUACAAUCACGAUUUAUGAAUGUCAAUAUUCACUGAUUUGAGAAAUUGAAAAAUAAGAUCAUGUGAUAAUUGUUGUACAAGUGUGUGUGUUGGGCUGUGUUCCUCGGAGAACUGGCCCAUCACUUGGAAUGAAGAAAUACAUGAAAGUGUCUGCAUGCAUAAUUAAAUGAUUGCUAUCUACUAUCCGUAGUAGUUUAUUCCAUUGUCAGCGGGGGGGCAAAAUUACAUUGUUUACAUCCAGCUUUAUCUGCAAGAAAAUACUGCAUUUUUGUCUUUUUUUUUUUUAAAUUGACAAUUCACAAUGUAAGAAAUACAACAAAAUGGUUUUCAUAUAUUAUCAAUAAAGAAAUAUAUGCUAUGA